GGAAGCCAAGAAACACUGCACACCUCGAGUCCUGUGUAUCAUCAACCCUGGAAACCCAACCGGUCAGGUGCAGAGUCGACGGUGUAUUGAAGACGUAAUCCGAUUCGCCACGGAGGAAAAGCUGUUUCUGUUGGCUGAUGAGGUUUAUCAGGACAACGUGUACGCAGAUGGCUGUGAGUUUCACUCGUUUAAGAAGGUACUGUUUGAGAUGGGGCCGGAGUACUCUGAGAGACUGGAACUGGCCUCGUUUCAUUCAACAUCCAAGUGCUACAUGGGAGAGAGAAAGGUCAGGCUCCGGAUAUGUUCUACUGCAUGAGACUGCUCGAGGAGAUGGGCAUCUGCCUCAUACCCGGAAGUGGAUUUGGGCAGAAAGAUGGAACAUACCAUUUCAGAUGCAUGUAGCGGCAGCAAACGGCUACUUGUCAGUGGGAGAGAUGCUACUGGAGCACAGAGCGUGUGUGGACGUGACCGAUGCAGACGGAUGGACACCGCUUCAUGCCGCCUCCUGCUGGGGACAGCUGCAAAUGGUUGAGCUGUUGGUGGCUCACGGCGCUGAUCUAAACGCCAAGUCUCUCCUGGAUGAAACUCCUCUAGGUGUGUGUGUGGAUGAGGGGGUGAGGGCAAAGUUGCUGGAGCUAAAACACAAACAUGAGGCCAUCAUGAUGAACCAGGACAAACACAAAGGCUCACUGCAGAGACGAGCAUCCAGCGCCAGCAGCCGAGGUAAGGUGGUGAGGAGAACGAGUGUGAAUGAGCGCAGAAGUUUGUACAGGCGAGAGCACCAUAAGGAGGCCAUGGUAUGGCAGGACAGAGGGAGACAGGACAGACAGAUGGAGGAUGAGGACGAAGACAGACAGACGGACGCCGAGCUCAAACACAUGGGAGUAAAGAAGCCUUUCACUGAAGUGAUUAGGGCAAAUAUUGGAGACUGUCAUGCCAUGGGCCAGAAACCCAUCACCUUUUUCAGACAGGUGUUGGCCAUCUGCUCUUAUCCCGAUCUUCUGGAUGAUGACAGAUUUCCAGAAGAUGUGAAAAGUCGAGCUCGACGGAUCCUUCAGGCCUGCAGUGGAGGGAGUUUGGGCUCCUACAGCGCCAGUCAGGGGAUUCAGCUCAUUCGACAGGAUGUGGCACGAUACAUUGAGAAGAGAGACGGAGGCAUCAAGAGCAAUCCAGACAACAUCUACCUCACUGCUGGUGCCAGUGACGGCAUAGUGACAAUGUUGAAGCUGCUGGUCUCAGGCGAAGGAUCUUCUCGGACUGGAGUGAUGAUCUCCAUCCCUCAGUACCCGCUGUACUCCGCCGCUCUGGCCGAGCUCGCCGCUGUGCAGAUUAAUUAUUAUCUGGAUGAGGAAUCAUGCUGGAGUUUGGACAUCAGAGAGCUGCAGCGUGCUGUGGAGGAAGCCAAGAAACACUGCACACCUCGAGUCCUGUGUAUCAUCAACCCUGGAAACCCAACCGUCACUUUCUCAUGUCUAGGUCAGGUGCAGAGUCGACGGUGUAUUGAAGACGUAAUCCGAUUCGCCACGGAGGAAAAGCUGUUUCUAUUGGCUGACGAGGUUUAUCAGGACAACGUGUACGCAGAUGGCUGUGAGUUUCACUCGUUUAAGAAGGUACUGUUUGAGAUGGGGCCGGAGUACUCUGAGAGACUGGAACUGGCCUCGUUUCAUUCAACAUCCAAGUGCUACAUGGGAGAGUGUGGGUUUCGCGGUGGCUACAUGGAGGUGGUGAAUUUGGACUCUGAGGUCAAGGUUCAACUGACGAAGCUGGUGUCAGUGCGUCUGUGUCCACCUGUAACUGGACAGGCUUUACUCGACCUGGUGGUAAAUCCUCCUGAACCGCAUGAACCCUCGUAUGACACCUUCAUCAAGGAACGCUCACACACAUUGGCUGAAUUAGCUAAGAAAGCUAGCAUGACACAGCAGAUCCUUAAUCAGGUGCCAGGAAUCCAGUGUAAUCCAGUCCAGGGAGCCAUGUACACCUUCCCCCGCAUUCACAUUCCACCUAAAGCCAUCUCCAUUGCCCAGGAGAAAGGUCAGGCUCCGGAUAUGUUCUACUGCAUGAGACUGCUCGAGGAGAUGGGCAUCUGCCUCAUACCCGGAAGUGGAUUCGGGCAGAAAGAUGGAACAUACCAUUUCAGUUAUACUGCUGAACAUAAGGAAUCAGGAGACUCGCUUUACACUAAUACAAGGAAGCAGAUGCACAGCAGGCAGCAGAGGGAACACACCAGCAAACUGGUACAACCACCAGUGCGAGAAGUUCUAGUGGUAGACACAUAGUAGAUCCACAAUAUCUAUCACAUGGUGACAUGUUCAUGCCUUGAAUAGCAGUAAAACAGGGCAUCAUAAUACACUGUACACCUCUUCUCCAACAUAUGUACCUGGAGACUAGAACCUCUCGAUCCUUGAUCUCACCAACUACCCCACUGGUCAAGGGCUUCCAUGUCUCCAGACACACCAACCAAUCCAAAAAGAGCAUCCUUACCAGGUCUUUAUAUUUUUUCCACUGGUGUAUCCGACAUCCUUCCAUCACCACAAUUACAAUUAAGAGUAGAAAAAAAGAAAGAAAUUCUAUUGUGGUGUUUAUGCCAGGGUAUGUCAGAUAUUACUCCACCACAUUAUCAUUCUCUCUAUUAAAGUUAUAAACACAGCUUUUCAUGUCAUUGAGGAAUCUCUUGUCAUUUGGAGACUGGAUAUCUGCAACUCACUUCUGGCAGGUCUUCAUAUGAAUGCAAUCCAUCCUCUGCAAAUUAUUCCAAUCACAGCUGCAUGACUUGUUUUCAACCUGCCUACUGUAAGUUCUCACACACCCACCCACUGCCGUGCUCCCUCCACUGGUUUCUGCUAACUUCUUGCAUCAGAAUCAAAACACUGAUGAGGAGCAGUGGAGGAUCAGAGGACAGGGUUCAGGCCGCAGCACUGGCACUGUUGGUCCCUUGAGCAAGACAGUUAACCCUUUCUGCUCCAGGGGCGCUGUAUCAUGGCUGACCCUGUGCUCUGACCCCAACCUCCAAGGUUGGGAUAUGCAAAGAAAGAAUUUUACUGUCCUGUAAAGUAUAUGUGACAAUAUAGAAGAUUUUUCUUCUGGUGCUUUCCUACAAAGCCAAAAAUGAACCAGCACCUUCUUACCAAACUCUUGUCACUUCUCACACUGCACCUUGCUCUCUCUGAUCUGCUAGCAAUGCUCAACUGAUCCCACCGUCUCUCAGGUUGAGGUUGGUAUACACAAUACUUUUCUGUUCUGGCACUGAGGUGGUGUACUGAACUUAGCCUAGAUGUCUGAACAGCUGAGUCAUUUAGGUCACUUAAGACUGAGGUACAGGACAGAGCCAACUUCGAGAGGCACACAGCUGUACAAAAUAUUGUAAACUUUGUGUGUGUGUGUGUGUGUGCAUAUGAGAGUGUGCUUGUGUGUGUGUGUGUGUGUGUGAGAGAGAGAGAGAGAGAGAGAGAGAGAGAGAGUAGAGAGAGAGAGAGAGUAGAGAGAGAGAGAGAGAGAGAGAGAGAGAGAGAGAGAGAGAGAGAGAGAGAGAGAGAGAGCCCUGUCACCUUUUACAUAUGUUUCAUCAAAACAUCCAGCUCCCUUAUCUGUCACAUUACUACUUGUAACGUUUUUUUUAAAUCUGGGAUAUGAUAGUCUCACAAUUUCACACAUUCUAAUUUUGCUUGCUAUGUCAGAUUUGAUAUCCAGCCUGACCCCUAAAUUGACUUAAGUAAAAUGCCACGGUUGUAUCGCUGUGCCCUUUCGAAGUGCCUCGCUGAGUGACGAGUGCUGCUGUGCUACUUUUGUUAAGAAAUAGAGGAAUUCUGUUGUCACCAUCUUUAACAAAUCACUUGGAACUUUAAUAUACUGUAUGCUAUGCUGUUUCUAAGCUUCACUGCAUGUCAAAAUUUGUUCAACCUUUAUAAUUAUAUUUAUAUUAAAUAGAAUUUUAACUUUUCACAUUACAAAUUCAA